CACAUAAUCCCUGCGGAACCGGAAGUAUUAAAAAGCGAUUUUCAUCACAGGAGCACGCUGCAACGAGAAUCGGCCCAUCCGCGUGACCACGUGGUUGUCGACGACGCAUUUCCGUCCUUCUUAUCAACUGUAAAAAUGUCUGGGUCUGGAAGAAUGCAAGUUUGUCAUGCUUGUCUGGCAUGAUUCGAGAAUCUGUGUUGCACAGGCACAAAAAAGCCCUCUUACCUGUCAUGCAAAAACGCAGUUUGCCAUGCGGAAUACGUAAGACAUGGCAGCCAAAAAAUUUGUCAUGCAUAGCUGCGUACUGCAGUGCGUCGAUCAUUCAUUUUUAGCAUUACAAGUUUCCAGACCCAGACAUUUUUACAUUUGAUACUUCUGCGCCGUCAAUGACCGUGAGCAGCAGGAGUUGCAGAACCUUCUGCGAACGUCGAAAGAACAAGAAGCAUUUGAACUGGAGCAAGAACACAUUUCUCAGCAUGCGAUUUUAUCAGAGGACGCUAACGCUGGGAAUGAGGGGGAUGAAAAUGAUUCUGGC